AUGCGCCUCGCGGCGUCGGCGCGGGAGGACUCCACCACCGAGGGCUACGCGCGACAUUGGCGCGAGUUUGAGGGGUGGUGCGACGAGGAGGGCCUCGACCCGCUGCCCGCCACCCCGCAGAUGAUCUUCGCCUACGUCGGCGCGCUGGCCGAGAAGGGGACGAUUGCUGCGAGCAGCCUCCAGCCCUACCUCUCGGCCAUCAACUCGUACCACGCCGACUACGGCUUCGACAAGCCUGCCCUCGGCCACCUCGUGACCGCGGCGCGCCGGGGCAUGGCGCGAGGCCAGGCUCGCUGCGACACGCGAGACACGCGUGUCCCUAUGCCGGCGGCGGUGGCGGCGCGUAUCCUCCGCGCCACCCUCGCAGCCCUGCCCUCUCUCGCGGCGAGGCAGGGCUCGCGAGGCGCAGCCGACUUCCUCCGGAGGCGCUACGCCUUCGUCCUCUCCUUCGUCUUCAUGGGGUCGCGGGACCUGCGCAGAGCUCGCUCUGCGUGA